UGCUGACGUCACCCUGGCCGUCACCAUCACUGACGUCAACGACAACAGCCCCGUGUGCUCUCCUGACGUCUAUACGAUGACGCUAGCGGAGAAUGCAGCCGCAGGUUCAAUAGUAGCCGGGCUUUUCUGCACGGACGCCGACGCUGACGCAACCAACAACGCCCUCACCUACAGUAUCACGGCCGGGAACGCGGAAGGGAAGUUCGAGGUGUCUACUGCCGGAUUUGUAACUAUAGCAACCGGACAGAGUCUGGACUACGAGACCACCACCAGUUAUCAGCUGGAGGUGUCUGUGAGUGACGUCAGCGGGACGGCGGUGACUGCUGAGGUGGCCGUCGCAGUGACGGGUGUGAAUGAAUUCCCACCGACCUUCACGUCCACUUCCUACUCGGCAAAUCUAAACGAGAACCAGGCCAUGGGGACUAUCGUGACGGCAGUUGCAGCCAUCGAUAGCGACAGCGGGGACGACGGAACUAUCAGCUACAACAUCACCUCCGGAAACGACCUGAGCCACUUCAUCCUGGACUCGAGCUCGGGCAUCAUCUCCACCGCUGCCGUCCUGGACAGGGAGACCACGGCGUCCUACACCCUGGUGGUCACGGCAGACGACGGGGGCGGUACUCUGGACACGGCGACGGUCGUCAUCACCGUGAACGAUUUGAACGACAACGGGCCGGUGUGCCCAACCUUCUACAGUGUGCUAGUGUCCGAUGACGCACUGGCAGACUCCAUCAUACAGACCGUUACCUGCACUGAUGCCGACAUCUCACCCAACAACGCCAUGUCCUACUCCAUCGUGACCGGUAACACCAACAGUGACUUCAGUAUCGACAGUACGGGCGACGUGCGCGUCGAGAACACGCUGGAUGACGCCGUGACGGAGUUCUACACGCUUGAGGUGUGGGUCACCGACGGCACGCAGUUCACCACCGUCACCUACGUCUACGUACAGGUGCAAGACGCCAGCACGACGGGCCUGACGUUCAUCCCGUCCAACACGUACAGCUUCAGCGUGGCGGAGAACUCUGCAGUCGGCACCGCCGUGGGGACCGUGUACGCAGGCGUGGCGGGCGGACAGAUCGCCUUCUCAGCCUCGCCUGUCGUCUCUACUGAAGCUCCUGUAACGUUUGAGAUCUCCACUGCUACGGAACACAACGGAGCCCAGGCGACCACCCUGUUCCAGAUCUCCAACACCAGCUCGGGAGCCAUCACGGUUCUCUUCCCGCCUGACCGUGAAACAGACGACGCUAUUCAGUUUGUGGUGAUCGCCCGCAGUGCCGGUCCGCCAGCUGUGUCAGCCGAGGCAACCAUCUUCGUGGACGUCACGGACGUGAAUGACAACGCUCCUGUCUUCGUCAACAGCUUUUACAGCGGGGAGUGCGGCACAACGAGUGACUUCGGCCAGGCCAUCGUGACGAUCUCGGCUACAGACGCGGACGAGGGGACCAGCGGGACCGUGACGUACGGAGAGUCCGCAGAGUACCCUGAACUGUUCGAGCUGGACACCUCAACAGGCAACAUCCGGCUGGUGAUCGACCAGACGUUGUCCACCGGCACGGCCUAUCUCAUGACAAUGACAGGAACAGACGGCGGUUCUCCUGCCCUGUCCUCUCAGACCCAGGUCCGGAUAGACGCCUACACCCCCUCCACAACCCUGGUGGACAUCGAGCUCGCCAUGACCGAGGACGAGUUCUGGACCAAGAAGGACGCUUUCUUAGCUGAGGUGACGACCAUCCUGCGGACCCAGUACGCCACCGCUCGGGCCGGGCUUGCUUACAUCACCCGGAAGGACGUGUCUGUUAUUACUACCACCAGGAGGAGGCUGCUCACCACGCAAGGUGAGGUGGUUGCCCGUGUGUACGGCGUGAGGAACGACAACGCGGACACCGCCGCCGGCAUCAACAACGUCAAGGAGUUCUUCACAGACGCCGAGAUGCUCAGCACCAUACAAGGUUCCGGGCUGACCAUCUCCGACUCCAUCACGGUUCAGGAUUACGAUGACGGCACCACCACCACCACCUGGAUCCAGUACCCGGCAUCCAUCGCGCUGGUCGUGCUCAGCUGCGUCUUCUUCGUGCUGCUGGUGGCGCUCGCCGUCGCCCUGGUGCUCUGGUGCAGGAGAAAGAGGAACAAGGGGAAAAUCUCCAAGAAAGACAGCGUAAAGGAGAAGCCUGAGAAACAGCAGAGGUGGUCUUCACCACUGAUCACAGCAGUCCCGGCUAACAAUGCUACAAAGCAGCCGCCGCCGAAGAGGAAGGCUGAUGUCGUGUAUAUCGACAGGACAGAGUUUGACGGGGAAGCUGUAGACGAGAAGACAGGCAGAGAGUACUACUACAACACGAAGACGGGCCAGCGGAAGUGGAAGGACGGCGGGCUGGGGAACUCCACGGCGGUGGUCCUGGCAGCAGGCAGGUUCAAAGCGCCACGCAGUACGAGCAGUAAGUAUGCGUAA